AUGAAGGUCUACAUCAGGAGCCUUGUCCUUUUUAUAGUGCUGAGUUCAUCUGCUGCAGCUGUUGAAGUGACGGAGACUCUGACAGGAAGUGAGGGAGGAAACAUCACUCUACCUACAUCUGUAGGAGAACUAGGACUUCUGUUUUAUAAAAUUACAACUCUGGCCGUAGUGCAAAACUGGGUAUUAGACAUUUGGCAGCAACAUUACAGGGACAGACUUCUCUGGAACAGAACUACUGGACUCUUUACAAUCACAGGACUGCGGAAAGAUGACUCUGGGAUUUAUACUGUUGAAUCUAAAGGAAAAGGUCUUGUUAAGUCCUACAACCUCACAGUAUACGAUUCUGUGCCUCGUCCUGAAGUCAAAACUCUGAAUGUGACCUCUGAGAGCUGCUUCCUGCUGUGUUCUGUGGAUAAAGCUACAGAGAUCACACUGCGGUGGUACAAAGACGAGGAGAUGCUGAAGCAGGUCAGCUCUACUGACUCUCUGCUGCUCACCGUGACCGAGCAGAACCUCAGCUCCUCUUACAGAUGUGAGGCUGGAAACCCUGCAGAAAAUAGAACUGUUGACGUCGAUGUUAAGACGCUCUGCAGUGGAUUGAACCACACUGGUGAUGGUAAAGAACUGGUCUGGUUUUCCCUGCGCCUGGUUCUGUUCUUCUUAGGAAUUGGAUUUUUUUUUUCUCUCUAUAAGAUGACAGCCAUAUACAUCAGACAGACUUGUGAAAUGUCCUCCGUUAGGGCCCAAGUACUGCUCCAGUCCAAAGUACGCAUCUGUCCAAAGAGUCCACAGAACAUCAGCAGCUCCAUCCUGGACUUCUGA